AAAUCCAAACAUGAAAUAAUGGUCAUGGAUGAUUAUGACCCCAACGGAAGGCAAACCAGAUGCUGUACUUGAACGAGGCAUCAAACAAAAGCAGUUUUAUAACAUGAAUUUUGUAACCCUUCGGCCACUUGACGAGUACACCUAGGCAUGGCCACGGGGCGGGUUACCCGGAACCGAACCGGUCCCGAACCGCUUGGAACCGGUUGCGACAGGUUCCGAACCGCCCCAAACCGCGAAACCGUGAACCGGGUAAAAAACCCGCGGUUUGGAACCGGAACCGGUCCGGUUGAACCGGCUCAACGGUUCCGUGGAACCGGGACCGGUCCGGUUGAACCGGCCCACCGGUUCCAUGGAACCGGUUCGCCAAAAGUUACCGUUUAUGACCGUUGAACUAGCCGUUGCAUUUUUCAUUAUAAAUACUCAUCAAUUUCAAUCAUUUUCAUUCACAACUCAUCUCUUCUCCUACUCUCUCUACUUAAUUCUUUAAUUACGCAAUUAUUCUCUUAAUUAAAUAAUUAGUCUUUUAAUUAUUUCUUAAUUUAGUUAGUUACAUAAUUAAUUAUUUAUUUAUUUCUUAAUUCUAUAUUUCUAUUAUUACUUCAAUAUUAUCAAUCAUGUCUUCAUUUUUGAAAAAAGCCACAAAAAAAGUUACUAAAGUGGCAAAAUCAUUGGGAAGUUCCAGUUCGUCUAAAAGAAAGGCCACUUCUACUCCGUCGGUAUCAACAACACCUUCCAUUAGUAAUUAUAAUUAUGAACAUAAUUAUCCGGAAGGGUACGACCCGGAGUUACAUAAUUAUGCAGAAGAAAUGGAAAGAGAAAUACAAAUUGAUGAAGAAGAAGAACAAGAAGAGGAACCAACGACCCCAAUUGGGAUAAAUAUAUCUCGACAGUCAUCAACAAGAUCACAUGAAGAACAAGGAGAACAACAACAACAAAGACAAGCUCGUGGUAAACGAGUCAAUUUCCAAACUAUCGAUGAAGAUGAACCAAUAAGACAACCUUUUCCGGCAAUGCCACCUCCUAGUGGUAGAGCUGUUUCACAUGUGUGGUCGUAUUUCACAAAAGAACCAACCGAGAAUCAGAUAUUUCCUUAUGCACUUGUCAAAUUUGUGAAAGUCAAGGAGUAAAGCCCUUAGUUUCAUACAGUUUCGCCAGAGGUGGUGGUACGGGAUCUUUUAACAAACAUUUGGCAAAGAAGCAUGGAAUCACAAAAGAAACUCAUGCAGCAAGCGGGAGCGGGACCACAAGUGGAAGCCGACAGACACAAUGGGACAUUCCCAUCACAGGUAUGCCUUUUAGAUACAAUCGUAAUGACAUGAUUGAUGAAUUUUCUAGGUAUGUAAUUUGUGAUGAAUUGCCUUUUAACCACGGUGAAAGUAGGGCAUACGAGCGUCUCAAUAGAAAAACUUUGCAACCACAAUAUAGAGCAAUCCCUAGGAGCACUCUUAAAAGACGCACAAUUAAAUUAUACGAAUCAAUGCGCUAUGAAUUAGUUGAAAUGUUUAAAUCGUUUAAUGGUAGGGUUAGCAUAACAACUGACAUUUGGUCUGCUCCCCCACAUUUAGAACCUUAUAUGUGUGUAACAGCACACUGGAUAGAUCGAAAUUGGAUUAUGCAAAAAAGAAUAAUUGCUUUUGAGACAAUGCCAGAAAGACAUACCGGUGAAAACAUAAAAUAUAGAUUAGUAGAGAUAUGUAGAGAAUGGAACUUAUUAGAUAAAAUAUUUUGUUGUUCAACUGAUAAUGCAACCGCGAACAUUAAAUGUAUAGAACUUUUGUUUAACGAACUUGCUUUUAGUUUAAUCCUUGGGGGUAGCUUAUUACACAUACGUUGUUGUGCGCAUAUAAUUAACUUAUCUUGCCAAGCAGGCAUAAAACAAUUAAGUGAUUUAUUAGAACCAAUUAGGGAUAUAGUGAAAUGGCUUAGGAUCGGAAAGAUAAAAAGAUGAUAUAAACAAUUAUGUGACCAAUACCAACUUAAAAAAGUGUAUUGGUCAUUAGAUACUCCUACACGUUGGGGCUCAACCAACGAUUUAUUAAGAAAGGCGAUUGCUUAUCGCCCAGUAAUAACACAACUAUAUAGUGAGUGUACAAAUAGUUUCAUAGCUGAUGACACUUGGGAAUUAGCUAUAGGUGUACAUAACAUAUUAGAAACGUAUGACCACGCGACUAAGAUUUUUUCUUAUGUUUAUGAACCGAAUGUUCACUUAGUAAUAAGUGAAUGUAUUACUAUUUUUUAUCAUCUCCUUAAAUAUACACAUGAAGAUACUAACCCAAAAUUGAGGCCGAUUCUUGCAGAUAUGAUGGAAAAAUGGCAAGAAUAUUUUACCGAUUUUCCUUAUAUUUAUGGAAUCGCAACCAUUUUGGACCCACGUUUUAAAACUGAGGUCCUUACUAAAGUAAUAGGAUUUUAUUACCAGUCGUUAGAUCGCCCGUCUACUGAUGUACAUAAUUAUGUAGGAACAUGUAAAAAAUAUUUAGCAGAACUCUAUGAUUUUUACGCUAGUGUAUAUAACCCGAAACGCGAUAUGUCUAGGCGUGCUAGCGUUUCGGCACGUCCCUCUUACUAUAAUUCGGUAAUAGCUAACAUAAUGACUCAAGAUGAUAGUUUUGUAGAAUCAUCUUCUUCUUCCUCGACCUCAUAUUUAGAACUAGAUAGUUAUCUUAAACACCACUUUGAAAUAGACCAAAGUAUCUAUGAUAUUUUGGAGUGGUGGAAAGAAAAAUCUGUUAAAUUUCCCAUUUUAUCGAGAAUUGCAAGUUGCAAAGGAUAUCCUUGCAAUUCCCGCGUCAACAAUUGCGUCGGAGUCUGCUUUUAGUGCAGGUAGAAGAGUUUUGGACGAAAAGCGAUCUCGUCUUGCUCCACAUAGUAUUCAAAUAUGUGUUUGCAAGAAAGAUUGGGAUCAAGCGGAGAUUCGAACACAAGGACUAAGGAAUGAUGAUGAUCAAGACGACGAUGAUGAUCCAUAGAUGAUGAUGGAUACAUCUGCAUCAUCGUCAGGAGGAGAGUCAGCGGAAGCAUCUAAUCAACCACAUGAUGAUGACGAAGACGAAUAGGAACAAUCCGACAAACGACAACGAUAGAUCAACAUUCAACAACUAUAAAUAAAAGGUAUGACAAAGAACUAC